GGCUCCCUGCGCUCCUCGGCUGAGCCCCGGGGAUGUGCCGGCACCCGGUGGAAUUAUUUUGGAACUAGCGCGGAGCGGUGGGAGGAGGGCGAGUGGCACAGCGUUUCACCAGCUGCGAGGAGGUCGUCCGGCUGUGCUGUAUAGGCAAACAAAUAUCACUUGCUGUGUCAUAGCACAUGGAUUUCAGGACUGCCUGUGAAGAGACAAAGACAGGGGUUUGUUUGCUGCAGGAUGGUAACCAGGAGCCUUUCAAAGUGCGACUGCACUUAGCCAAAGAUAUUUUGAUGAUCCAGGAGCAGGAUGUGAUCUGUGUGUCUGGUGAGCCUUUCUAUUCUGGUGAAAGAACAGUAACGAUCAGAAGACAAACUGUAGGAGGAUUUGGAUUAAGUAUAAAGGGUGGAGCUGAACAUAAUAUUCCAGUGGUCAUUUCUAAGAUUUCCAAAGAACAAAGAGCUGAACUUUCAGGUUUACUCUUUAUAGGAGAUGCAAUUCUACAGAUUAAUGGAAUUAAUGUGAGAAAAUGCAGGCAUGAAGAAGUGGUUCAGGUCCUUCGCAAUGCGGGGGAAGAAGUGACCCUAACUGUGUCCUUUCUGAAAAGAGCACCUGCCUUUCUCAAACUGCCACUGAAUGAAGACUGUGCAUGUGCCCCCAGUGACCAAAGCAGUGGCACAUCCUCUCCGCUAUGUGACAGUGGUUUGCAUCUCAACUACCACCCCAACAACACGGAUACAUUAUCAUGUUCCUCAUGGCCAGCAUCCCCAGGACUUAGGUGGGAAAAAAGGUGGUGUGAUCUUCGAUUAAUUCCACUUCUACAUUCACGAUUUUCCCAGUACCUUCCGGGAUCAGAUUUGUGCAGGCAAAAUGCAUUCCAAGUAAUUGCUGUGGAUGGGGUUUGCAGUGGAAUAAUUCAGUGUCUCUCCGCUGAAGACUCUAUUGACUGGCUACAAGCAAUAGCAAGUAACAUUUCCAACCUCACAAAGCACAAUAUUAAAAAAAUCAACAGGAAUUUUCCCGUAAACCAGCAGAUAGUCUACAUGGGCUGGACAGAAGAACGGGAACAGGACUCUCUUCAGGAUCGAAUGUACACACCAAAGUUUCUAGCACUGAGAGGAUCUUCCCUCUAUAAAUUUAUAGCACCUCCAGUCACAACCUGGGAUUGGACACGAGCUGAGAAAACAUUUUCAGUUUAUGAGAUAAUGUGCAAAAUUCUCAAGGACAGUGAUCUACUGGACCGGCGGAAACAUUGCUUCAGUGUCCAGUCUGAAUCUGGAGAAGAUCUUUACUUUUCUGUGGAACUAGAGUCUGACCUAACACUAUGGGAAAAAGCCUUCCAGACAGCGACUUUUUUAGAAGUUGAACGGAUACAGUGCAAGACGUAUGCGUGUGUUUUGGAGAGUCAUCUUAUGGGACUUACCAUUGACUUUAACACGGGCUUUGUUUGUUUUGAUGCUGCCACAAAGGCUGUGCUUUGGAGGUACAAGUUUUCCCAGCUCAAAGGUUCUUCAGAUGAUGGGAAGAGCAAAAUCAAGUUUUUGUUCCAAAACCAAGAUACUAAACAAAUUGAAGCAAAGGAGCUGGAGUUUUCCAACCUGUUUGCAGUCCUUCACUGUAUCCACUCAUUCUUUGCAGCCAAAGUGGCUUGUUUGGACCCUUUGUAUGUAGGCAGCCAAGCCACAGCUUCUGCUCUUCCCACAACUUCUGGUACUGGAAAAUUAAAGUAUACUACUUGACAUCUCAUAUGACAGCACUGCCACUUAACAAGGACACAUAACAAUGUAUAAAUAUUCAUAAGAUUUAGACCUUUGGUGAACCAUGUACGUGGAAACCAAUCCUGGAGGCAAGACAUCUUGCAGCAUCAGCAGAUAAAUGGUCACAUGGGAUCAUAAUUUCAUCUCAGUUCUGCAAGACGUCAGUAAAUAAUACUAGUCGAAACCCCAGAAUAGGAUGGAUAUGCUUUUAGUAUUAUCUAUUUGUACUUACAUAGUACUUUAAACAACACUGGAAGCAAAGGAAUAAAUGAUGAAAUGAAGCACUUGAGUAUUUAAUAAAAAUUUCAAAUUGCUGUAAUAAUACACAAAAAGAAUUGUCAUUUUCCUGUUUUCAGAUUUUUUUAUGACAAUAUACUAAACUUUGAGUAUGAAUAUAAUGCCCUAUCAUUAUAUUAUUAAUGAGAGCAAGCAGCAAGCAUAUAAUACAUGGUGAAAAGGAGAUAAGCAUGAAAAGUCACUUGUGUAAGUAUCUCCUCAAAUAAGAAAGCACUUUAAGCACUGCUGUAAAUCCAUACUUGUGUCCAUACAUGGAAUCAUGCUACUUUUUCCAUUUUGUUUUCUUAGUCUAACAGUAACAACAACAAAGAUAUAGCCAUACUGGACUGAUAAAUUAAAACCAAACCAAAAAAAACCAAGCCACAAAAAGCAAAACACCUUUUCAUUGGUAAGACCCUCUUCUUCAAGUAAAAAUAAUGGCAUAUGAAUUUAUUUUAAUAACAAAUUAAGUGCAAGUACAAAAAAUAUCGUCAGCUAUUUACUUCCUCCUUUUUUUUUGUCAAGAAUACUGUAAAUCUAACAGUCUUUGUUCACAAGAUUUUGAAUUUGUUUCAGAGACAACCCACUUAAUAUGUUUCUUCCAUGGUUAAACUUUGAUUUCACGUCAUAAGUAGGAUGUCUGCUCCACUCAAGCUCUCAAGAAAUAGACAUUUUACAUUAUGCUUGGAAAAUUAGUUCACUCAUGAAAUUCUUAAUAAUUUAUAUUUUAUAGAUCUACAUUGUUAGUAAAAAACAGGAAUAAUUUAAAUAAGCUGUAAUGAAUAGAUUACAAAAUGGAUAAUUUCUUUGUCUGUUAAGACCAUUACAUCAGUCUGGACCACGUACUAAUUCAAGAGUAUCAUUUAAAGUUGAAAUAUGAGGGACUUGUAAAUUUAAAAUUAAUAACUUUAUUUAAUUACAGUUUUGCAAAAUAAUUUAAUGCUGUGCUGUGACACACAUCAGUGAACAUGGGGAAAAGGUGUGAGGAUGUGUGUGAUAUAGUUGAAACAACAGAAAAGGUGAGGGAUUUUUUCUUUUGAUAAACAGGAAAGAGAACUAAAAAAUACAGGAAGAACAGUUAGUGAGCUACAGUUUGGGCAAAACAUUUUCAGUAGUAUUUGUGGGUUUUCUGCUUAUUAUAUUGUAAUCAAAACUUCCUUUCUUCCCCCCCCCCCCGACUUGUUAAUAGCAGGUAUGGGCUAGGGACACUAUCUGCCUUUUUUGGCAGACAGGCAAAUUCUUUCGCAUUCCUUUCUACGUAUUAAGAUAAUUAAAACUUCAAAAGUGAGGCCAGAGAAAAGCUUAUCAAAAUGGGAACAAUUCAAACUGCAAGGCAGGGGCAAAAGAUUAACAAAAUGUAGGUGCAAAUCAUGUCUCCGUUUUAUUUUGCUUUGCAUUAGAAGUAUUUAGAUUUACAUAUGUGGGAGUUACAUUGCUUUGAAGUAUAACUGAUCUAACUUGAUACUAGCUCCAAAUAAUCAAAAAAUAUAUUUUUCUGAGGACUCUUUUAUCACUUUCAAAUGUUUUUCAGUACACAUUUACUUCCUUUUGGUACACCUCCAAGGGCUACACAUUUAUUUUUAAUUUUAAAUAUAGUAGAAUGAUGUCAUAAUCCAGCUAUUAAAUACUAUAAGUGUCAUCAAAAUCCAACAUUUUCAUAGGCAUCAUCAUGUAUUUGUUCAUAUGAAUUGUCCUUAAAUAAGGGCAUCACGUACUGGUCUCUGAGUGACAGAUAGAACUACCAUGGCUGUCCAUAGGAUCUUGAGUUUGCUCCUGGGAGAGUACAAUCCCCAAAUACUUUGAAUCCAAAGCUGCAACAGUCUAAGAGGUUUAACAGUUGUGUCCUCGUCAAGAAAGCAUAUACUGGAAACACAGAUCUUGGCAGAGUGCUGACAGUGCUGAAAACAGAAGUCUGAUAUCUGUUAAUGUCAGUUCUCCUCCUCAGUGCUCCCAAAUCAUCUCCUCUCAGUGCAUUGCUGUGGCAUUCAGCUAUCACAGUGUCGGCAUACGCUAACACCUCAGUGCAUGCUCUUCUGGCACUGGCAGAAUCUAAAACUAGUCAGCUGCCAGUUGAAUGUUUUUCCUUCAACUGUCCAUGUUGUGUGCACUUUUGUACCACUGAAACUGAGAGGUAUUUAAGAGAUGUGCUUGAAUGAGCAUAACAUUUACCCAAACCAGCACAAAGUAUGUCAUUGGAAAUUUCUGUAGAUGAAGGGAUUCCAUCAUAUGACAGCCCCC